AUGGCUACCGACCACAGCACGGCCAUUGUGCCCCCCAAGCGGGCCGUCACUGACUACCCGCUGAUUGACUCCGACCCGCAUCUGCGCCGUGUGUUUGGAUAUGCUCGCCCUUCGGAUUAUGCCGUCGCCGGUGGAGCGGCUUCGAUCUCCCCCAUUGCCUUCUGGGUCAUGGAGCGAGUGAGCCCGUCGCAUGUCGGUCGCGGUGGCUUCUCCCCGGUCAUGCGCCUCGCAACCGCUGUCGGCCUCCUCGGCGGACUUCACGUGCUGUACCAGCGCUCUUGCCAACGCUUCUACGGAUUCACCGAGAACACCAGAGAGGUCGAGAUGGAUAUGCGGGAGAUGGUCAACAAAGUGAAGAAGGGUGAACCCCUCUACGGCACAUCCCAGGUGUCGUCCUAUCUCCAGGGUGUGGCUGCCCGCAAUUCUCGAUACUCUGAACUGUUCAUUCAUGUCCUGCCAUGGGUCAAUGUCGUCAACCACGACCAGCACGGUGUGGACACCGCCAAAUACUAUCAGCAAGCGGAGCGUGAAUUGGAAGCGGAGCGGUUGAGCAAGGCAUGA